GAGGGUGGGCUCACCUCCGGACUCGCGAUCACCCGAGGGAGAGCCUCAUUCAGUGUUUUUGUGACGGAUUGAGCCCGAUAGAGCUGCUAAUUCGUCGACACCGUGUUCCCGGGCUGAAUUUUCGUUCAUUGUUCCUUCCUGCCAGGCUUUCGUGGGAGACUUGCUUCGGCGUAUAAAUUCAUUCCUUCCUCCUCGCUGAGUGGCGGCAAACACGGCCUGUAGACAACAAUCAUGCCUCCUCCAGCUCACGGGUAUGAGUUUGGCGGACCGUAAGUUUACUUCUUCCUUGGUCGAUCCAUAUGUUCCCUUGCUGAUGAUUGGUAGUUUGGGGGCCUUUGCCAUUUCGCUUUCUGCACCUGCAACCACAUAUGCCUUGUACUUUAUUUGCAGCGAAGAUGGGUGCCCGAGUAGUUCAUUCUUACGAGAUCCUGUUGGGAAUAUCGCUUCGAAAUGGCCGGGACUGUCGGUGGCUUUCGACUGGGACGUUACGAAGCACUACUUUCUCUGGUAUCUCGCGCUGGUGGCCAUGUACUUUGUCCUUCCGGGGAAGACGGGGGAGGGCGUUGUGUUGAGUAAUGGGAAGAGGUUGAAAUACAAGUUUAACGGUACGUCUGCUUUUCUCGGGGGGAGGCGGGAUGGAGAUUGGUGUCGGGUGACUUAUUGUUGUCGCAGGCUAUGCUUCCAUGUUGACUGUUUGGGGGUACUGUGGAUUCAUGACCUUCAGGGAGGGAUUCGGGUGGCCACUCUGGGCCUACCUCUGGGACAACCAACUUCAGCUCAUGACCGGUGCCCUGGUGUUCUCUAUUACUCUUGCAUUCUACUGCUACAUCUCUUCUUUCUUUACCGGGGAGAUUUUGGCGAAUAACACUGGUAACUUUUUUUACGAUGUGCACCCCCCCCCCCUUUUCCCCUCUCCUGUCGUGUUUCAAACUGAACAAAAUGCAGUGGUUCCUCGGCCGUCCCCUCAAUCCACGUAUCGGCCGCCUUGACCUGAAAGUCUUCAGCGAACUCCGACCCGGCAUGAUCCUCUGGCCAAUUCUGAACUUUGCCUCCCUGGCCCACCAAUACAACACCCAUGGCAAGAUCACCGAUAGCAUGAUCCUCGUCAAUUUCUUCCACUUGUGGUACGUUUAUGAUGCACUCCACAACGAGCCAGCGGUCCUCACGACAAUGGACGUGACCACCGAUGGUUUCGGCUUCAUGCUUUCAUUUGGAGACUUGAUGUGGCUCCCAUUCAACUACUCGAUUCAAUGCCGAUACCUCGCCAUGCACCCUUUCGAGCUCGGUCCUCUGGGCGUUGCCGGGGUUCUGGCUGUUCAAGGGUUGGGCUACUGGAUCUUCAGGGAAGCCAAUCGUGAGAAGCACGACUUUAGGACCGAUCCCAACGAUCCCAGGUUGGCUCAUAUCAAGUACAUGGAGACCAAGAGUGGGUCGAGGUUGAUGAUCACUGGCUGGUGGGGUAUCGCUAGACAUAUCAACUACAUGGGAGACUGGAUCAUGGCUUGGGCGUGGUGUCUGCCGACAGGGUAUAGGGGUCCUUUCAGUUACUUUUACGUUGUCUACUUUGCCAUUCUGCUCCUCCACCGGGAGCGCAGGGACGAGGCUAAGUGUAAGCUCAAGUACGGAGCGGACUGGAAGAGGUAUACGGGCCUUGUCCCGUCAAGGAUUGUUCCGGGAAUUUAUUAGUGGGUUGUUGUGUGCUGUGAUUUGUGGUAGGGUGCAUAACGGGUUGCAAUACAUAGACUUUUCUGGCAAUUAUCAUAGCAAAGAGAAUAUACGAGUCUGUU